CCGACAAUCUUUUCCUGGCAUUGAACUAACAUGUCACCUUUCACCAGCCACUUUUCUACCUCUUCGUUCUUCACGAACGUCUUUGAUCUACACGGACGUCUUUGGUCUACGCGAACGUCUUCGAUCGUUCUUCCACGAUGGCAUUGGAUCCGGAUUUCUUCGCUACCUACAAGCAAUACAAAUCCGGUACAACGAAAGUGACGACAUGGUUGGCCAGCAAGGCGCAAGAAUUAGCUUUGGUGGACGCCCUCUUCCCAACGACUCCUCAACCCAACAUCAAAGGUAGACUGAAGGGAAAGGAAAGAGCGUCGCAAAAGCCGAAUGUCAAAAAACAUAUUGUCCUAUUGCUGGUAUCCUUUCAAUGGCCAAGUCAAUUGCAAGCACAGCAAUCCCUUGUAGCAAUCAUCGAGCAACAAGGAGAUAAUGAUAAGUCGACCAAAGCCUCAAACCAGCAUCAUCAAUAUUUCAUAGGAGUCCUCCACGAAGCCCUUCAAUUGUUAAAGCCACUAAGCCGACCUUCCAAGGGCACAAAUGGUGCCGAAGUACAAAGUGAGGAUACCGCAGUCGACCAGGUCAUUGCAGAUCUUCAGAAUCGUUUCGCAUACUUGGAGGUUGACGAACCUACCGAAUGGACAUCGAGCGCUCUGCCGUCGAAGCCACAUUCAACCUGUUUCCGUGAUCAUGCGCAAUUAGAAUCGACGUAG